AUGGCCGAAUCUGCCUCUACCAAUAUGGCUGAAUCUGCCUUUACCAAUAUGGCCGAAUCUGCCACUACCAAUAAGGCUGAAUCUGCCUCUACCAAUAUGGCCGAAUCUGCCUCUACCAAUAUGGCCGAAUCUGCCUUUACCAAUAUGGCCGAAUCUGCCACUACCAAUAAGGCUGAAUCUGCCUCUACCAAUAUGGCCGAAUCUGCCUCUAUCAAUAUGGCCGAAUCUGCCUGUACCAAUAUGGCCGAAUCUGCCUCUAACAAUAUGGCCGAAUCUGCCUGA